AUGAUGAUAUCAAAAUCGUUUUCAAGGGUGUCAGGCCGACGUCUCUCCUCUACUUUCCAGAGACGUCUCCACAUCACUUGUCGAGGCAAGCCCAUCAGCCAUGAAGAAGUAUUUCAGUACAGUAAUGGGCAUUUCCUUGUCGAUGAGGAAUAUAAUUACUCUAGACGGUACAAACGAUUCAACAUUGACGAGUUAUGUAACCUCGUUGGAGCAAUCAUUGGCAAAGGCGCUUCAACUGCUCCUAGAGUUGUGAAAAUGGAGAAAUUGGAGGGAGGAUUCCAUAAAGUGCUUUUAAUGACACUUGAGAACGGAAGUGAAGUGGUUGCCAAAAUUCCCUGCCCAAAUGCUGGUCUGUCCAUGCUCUCAACUGCAUCAGAGGCUGCUGUGCUAGAGUUCGUUCGGACUCAUACAACAACCCCGGCUCCCAAAGUUUUGGCCUGGAGCUCAGAUGCUAAAAACCCAGUUGGGGCAGAAUAUAUUAUACUGGAGAAGGCAAAAGGGGUUCAGCUAACUAAAGUCUGGGGAGGGCUCUCUGAAGCCCGUCGCCUGGAUGUAAUAAAAGGCCUUGUCCUGAUAGAGAAGCAAUUAUUGUCUCUUCAGUUUCCAGCCUACGGAAAUCUGUACUUUCGACGUUCCAUCCCAAACCUACCGCACGUACCCCUGGACAAAGACAUCGACCCCUCUGGUCAGUAUUGCAUUGGCCCUGCAGCUAGUCUCGAGUGGGCAGAUGGGAAUGAAACCCUCGAAUAUAAUUCUGGACCUUGGAUGAAUUUGCAAGAAUUUGGGGAAUGUCUUGCUAAACGCAGUUUACGCAAAGGAUUUCCUACAGUGCGGGCUGCGGGAUGUCAACCUCCCAGUUAUGGUACUCCAACUUCUCAUAAGUUAGUGCUCGAAUCCGCGAUAAAUACCGUACCAACAGUCUCAAAUCACCCAAGUCUGAUAAAGACCUCCAUGCCGGCGCUAUUGCACACAGACUUAAACAUGGGGAAUAUCUUUACGGCUGAGGAAAAUACAAAUACAAUAAACAUCACAAGUAUUAUUGACUGGCAUUCACUUUCAAUUGCGCCAAGAUUUUUGCAGGCGCGAUGGCCGGUAUUUCUUGAACCUCUGGAUGGCUAUAUCCCAGGAUUAAUAGCAAAACCUGAGCCAUUAUCUGGGCUUGAAGAAAUGGAUGCUGCAGAUAGAGCAGUGGCGAAGCUCACCUAUGAGCAAAGUUAUCUCGCCAAGGCCUAUGAGGUGUGUACAGGUGCUUUCAAUGCCCCAUUACAUAAUGCCCUGCUGGUACCACCAGCUUUGAAGGAGAUAUAUAUUCGCUGCGGGGAGACACAUGUUGAUGGGAAUUUUCCACUUCGCUCCUGCUUAGCCGAGUUAUAUAAAUACUGGUCUGACUUACGAUUCACGGAGUCUUGCCCUAUACAAAUGACAGAGACCGAGCUAUCAGAAUACCAUGAAGAGCUUGCAAGAUACGAAGAAUGGAAUGACCUUCAGGUCCUGGUUAAAAGAGCGCUAGACACUGAUUCAGAAGGCUGGAUAUCUCCUGUAUUCGAUUGGGAUGAAAAGAGAAAGCAACAUCAAGAGCUAUACCAGCUAUUUGCUAACAAAAUGCUUGCCGAAAAUAAAACCAUCGAGGAAAUCAAGCAAAUGUGGCCCUUUGCCAUCAACUCAUAG